AGUUUGAUGGGAAGGAUAUUCCUGUUGUCUCUGACUGGAAUCUGAAAACGUUACACAUUCAAGUUUAUGCAAAUAAGGGCGCAUACAUUAGAAUGUCCUGCAGCAACAGUGAAUGGAGUCAAUAGUUUCUCUGUCCCCAAAAAAGGUGGAAUGAAGACACUAAACCGGAUAGAACUUACAAAGCAUUUCUUGUUUUUAAGAAAGUAGGAAGUAGAAAUGAGUGGAAAGAGUCGAAGAUGGAGCAUUUUAAAUUGGAUUUCAUGCACAGAAAAAUGUAAAAACUUAAAUGUGAAAUCACUUUGUUCUCAAAAAGGUUCAAUUUGAUGUGAGGAAGCUGAGUUUGUCCAUUGGAUCCACCCUUUGCCAGUUCGCCAGUAGAGCAGCAGAUUGCAGAGCCACCAUGGAGGAGUCAGGAGGUCUGCAGCCUCGCUGCCCUCAGAGCAGCAGCACUCGGCUCCCCUUACAGCUGUCUGCACAAAAUUAGACCCUGACGCAGUCUGCUGUCUGCUCCGGAGAGGUCCAGACGAUCCUGGAGGAGAUGGAUCCGGAUCAGGAAGGCCGGUCCGGGCUCUGCUUUGGAAGCUGUUCACGCUGCAGGGAGGCGGUGAACACGGCAGAAGGAGCCUGUCGGGCGAUGGGACGGGUGUUCCACGUCAGGUGCUUCACCUGCAGCGUCUGCAACAAACAGCUCAGAGGAAAACCCUUUUUUACCGUCUCAAACCGAAUUUAUUGUGAAGAGGAUUUUUUGUUCUCUGGGGUCCAUCCGCCUCUGGAGCUCUGCAGCACCUGUGGACGCUCAGUCACUGACUUGGUCCUGCAGGCUUGUGGGAGGUCGUACCACCCGUCCUGCUUCCGCUGCGUCGUCUGCAGCCAGGAGCUGCAGGGUCAGCCGUUUGCCGCCGACUCCAGCUCCAGGGUGUACUGUAUCGAUGACUAUCACAGGGUCCAGGCUCCUCGCUGCGCCGCCUGCCAUUCAUCCAUCGUCCCCACAGAGGGGUCCACAGAGUCCAUCCGAGUGGCUUCAUCCAACCAAUACUUCCAUGUAGAAUGCUACGCUGGAGAGGUCAACCUCAUUUAAGGAUCGAAUGUUUAUCAGAAUAAAUGAACUGAAUAUCAGGUUUGAUCUUUUUACUUCAUUUCAGUUUGUUAUGAGAGAAAAAGGGUAAGAAGCAGGUAAGAAAUCAGGUGUUAUCCCACAUGGUCUUCUGAAUAUACCCGUCCUAUCUGUGCCCAAACAUCUCGAUCUGGACCAGAUGAAACAAUACUCUCCUUUAGCCCUUUAACUACCCAAAAAAAGAAAAAAAAAA